AUGACCGACUCGGACUUCUUCACGGAGAGCGACGCCGACGGCCACGAGGAGGCCAGGGCGCCGCCCCCGGCCGCCGCCCCCGCCGCCCUCGAGGAGCCGCCCUCAUCAUCCUCCAGCUCCGCCGCCGCCAGCUGCGGAGACCGCCGCGCACAGGUGAUCGACGGCACGCUGUACAACGAGUCGCAGCGGCUGCAGCAGCGCUGCCCCAGCUUCACGGCCUCCUCCGAGAUGGAGUCGAGCGGCGUCUUCUCCGACCUGGAGCCGCGGCGGCCGGAAGACGGCGACGCCGACGCCGACGACGCCUCCGCGGCGCACGACGCGUCGCCCAGCGGCUCCACCGGCAGCGUCUUGGAGCACAGCCAGGAGGAGGCGGCGCAGAGCCCGACGGGCAGCAACGUGACGGCGAGCACGACGGUGAUCCUGGAGGAGGCGUCGCUGGAGGAGGCGGAGCGCGCGCUCACCGAGGAGAACAACCUCAAGAACCUGUCGUCGCCGGUCAUCACGGAGCUGGCCGCGCCGCAAAUGACGACGACGACGACGACGACGCCGCCCGUGGCCGAGGCGGCGCCCCAGGACCAGCCCAAGCCGGCGGCCGGCGCCAAGCCGCGAGAGCUCAAGAAGUUCAAGAUGCCCAAGCGCAACGUCGUGUCCAAGAUCAAGGCCAUGAUCGAGGCGCCGGCGCCGCAGCCGCACGAGGACCAGGAGAACCAGCGGCCGGCGCACAAGCCCAAGAAGGGCGGCCGCUGGGACGCCGUCAUGAACAAGAUCGCGCAGGGCCAGGCGGAGCAGCGCGUGCUGAAGAGCCACCUGAAGGAGGUGAAGAGCAAGGUGUUCGCCGGGCUGGGCGCGUCGCCGGCGCCGGACAGCACGGCGGGACGCAGGAAGGCGGCCACGCCCACCUCGCCGGCGGUGGCGGCGCUGGAGCGCGCCGGCUCCGCGGACUCCACCACGCCCACCAGGACCAAGAGGCGGCCCCGCACGCGCGCCUCGCCCAUCUCGCAGACGCUGCCGCUGCCGCUGUCCGGCCACAGCUCGGUGCGCAGCUCCGUCAGUGACGUCAGCGGAGAACACGCCUCGCCGGCCACGCCCUCCUGCAAGAGCGUCUCCUCGCUACGAUCAGCGAAAAAGCGAGCAGAUACGACUCGAGCGAACAGCCCACUCAGCGAUGGGUCCCUCAACUCGUCCGCGUCACACCAGCCGGCGCGCAGGCAGAACCAGCAGUCCGCCGCAAGAGCGCGCACGCACAGCGUCAAAGGAAGUGGCGCCUCUGGUGGACGCUCCUCAAAGCAUUUGGUGGCAACGGCGCGCGUGCUCAAAGAUUCAUCUCGCAACAAUAAGCUCGUCUCUCAACGGUCCACUGAAGAGAAGAACGGGGUGCCGGACAUGAAGACGCCCGUGGCGCGCAAGCCAGCGUCGCGGCGCUCGGCGCCGGUCACCACCCCCGCCAAGCCGCAGCCUCUCAGGGAUCACAACCGCGUGGCGGGCAGCGGCGCGCCGCUCAAGGAGCCGGCCGGCAAAUUGCAGCCGCAGCUGCAAGCCGCCCCGGCCGUGCCCACGCGCGCCCAGCUGCAGCAGCUGCGCCACAGCGCCACCGGUUUCGAGGCUUUCGCCGUGCUCGUCCAGUACCUCAUCAAUGACACGGAAGAGAAACGGUGUCGGUAUGAGGAUGAGAUUUCGCGCCUGGAAUGUCUCCAUUCGGAGCGAGAAGCAGUGUUGCUGCAGGAUGGUUUGUCAAAGCUGCAGCAGGCAGAGGCAGAGCACAAACGCCAGCUCAGAGAAAGUGAGCAGCGUGCCAAAGACCUGCGCGAGCGCCUGGAGGCAGCUGAUGCAGAGACAGCCCGUUUGCAACGGCAGGUCGAGGACCUCGUCAGUAGAGACCACGAAGCCCAGUUGCAGACGGAGCAGACGCGGUGUCGGUACGAGGGUGAGAUUUCACGCCUGGAGCGUCUCCACGCAGAGCGAGAGGCAGCAUUGCUGGAGGAUGGUGUGAUGAGGCUGCGGCAGGCAGAGGCGGAGCACAAACGCCAGCUCAGUGAAAGUGAGCAGCGUGCCGCAGAGCUGCGCGUGCGCCUGGAGGCAGCCGAUGCGGAGACAGCUCACCUGCAGCAGCAGGUUGCUGGCCUUGUCAGCGGCCUUCGCCAAGACCGUGACGCCCAGUUGCAGGUCACAGCAGGAAGAUGUCAUGACCUGGAAGAGGAAGUGAGGUCAUUGAGGACAGUGCUGGAUUUGAGACAUGAAGAGCUAGCAGAGGUAAGAAGGCAGAAUGCUGAGCUAGCAAAAGAUGCUGGAGAGCUACCAGGAGCAUUACAAAGGAUAGCAACACUGCAGGCACGAGUUGAGGAUCUCCAGGAGCAACUGCAGCACAAAGUUGACUUUGAAAGGCAGCUAUCCCAAGAGAACAGGAAACUGAACGAGUCAUUUCAUCAUGUUGCUGUGCAGAAACAAAGGCUUUCACAGCAUAAUGAAGAACUGCAGUGGAAACUGAAACAGAGCACUGAAGCAGUUCAUGUGAUUACACAGGCUCUGACUUCUACACCUAUCUCACAUAACAAUCAUAAAACUAACCGAAAGCUGAUUGAUUCUUUCCAUGACUAUAGUCAAGCAUUUCCAGAAAUCAGCAAGAGCUACACUAAAUUGAGUAGGUCGCCGCUGAUGCAGCGCCGUUGUGACUUGAGCAACACACCUGUGAUGCAUCAUGAUCUCGAGCACCCUAGUCCCCCAGCAUCACCGAAAGUGAAGGCUGUUGUUGAGAAGAGUGACUCUGUGUCAUGGGUACUGGACAUGGAUGAAUCUCCUGAAGCAAAAGUGUCUCGCCUAGUGCGCCGUGCAGGCAGUUUUCGUGGCUCUUCUGGCUUAUCUCCACCAUCUACUGCCCAGUCUCAGACCCUUCCACGAAGCCGUGGUGCAUCUGGUCCUGGAAAUCGACGAUCGACAGGAAUCAGUGCCGGACGAUCGAGAACAAGGGCGUGGUCAGUGUCAUCUUCGGACAACUUUGUAUCCUGCUGGGGUUCAUCAGGAACGUGUGCUACCUCUGCUCCUGUUACAAUGCAGCGUUCAGUUUCAGGAACACCAUCACCUGUAGCACAUUCUUAUGGAGAAGAUAAUUACACAGUAUCCCCUGGAAAGACACCACUGAAGCGCUGCAGCCGUGAUCCUGACGAGUGCUCUGUUAACGGUGACGAAGACGACGACGACGACGACAUGCGCCAGCACCAUAAUGCAAAUGGAAGUGUCGCAAAGAGGUCCAACGCAGAUAGUGGUCCCUCCAGCCUCGAUGGACAGUUGUUGAGUUUGCGCACUUGUGGCAGCAGCAACAGCAGCAGUGCCAGCCCCCCUGGCAGCAAUACCUGCAGUUCCACAAGCAGCUGUUCAGAAGCAGAACACAACUACAGACACUUGAAUGGCACAAUUAUUUACCAGCAAGUGGAGACAGAGACUGCAGACAUGAGGGUUGUUCCCAUUCCCCACCUUCCUGGUAGCAGUGAUCUCUCCAUUUUGGCUGCUGCCUGUGCUGCUGCCAAACCUCUGAUGGGAGCUCCCAAGGAUGCGGCAGGAGAGGCAAUGAUCUCUGAAGAGACACUGGACAAUGAGAAUGAUGGAGAUGGGGGCGAUACAUCAUCUGAUGGUGAAGAUCCCCAGUCCUGGGAGAAUGUGGGACUGUUACCAUCAGACAAUGAGGCCUGAGGCAGAAUGUCUUGCUGGUGUAUGUGCUUACUGGAAGCUGGAGUAUUUUAGAAGUUCUGAAAUACUUGAGACUUUGAUACUCUGGCAUUUUAAGCCUUACAUUUGUGUAUGUGUUGGUUUAAACCUGAGACAAAACACGAUGGCAUUGAAUAUUGUAUAUCCGGUAUGUUGAGAGUAUGGUGCAUACAGCUCUCGGUUUUAUACACACGACUAAGACUCUUUAUUGUGCUUUUCUUAAUUUUUCUCAUUAAUAAUUUAUCAGCUUUUUUGAAAGCAUGGUGCUUACACCUCUUGAUUUUAUACAGAUGACUCAGAUUUGUUACUGGACUCCUUAAUUUUUUUCAUUGAUAAUUUGGUUAAAUCAGUACCUGAUGAAGUUAUUGUUAAUUGUAUUUAACUGGUUUUAUAGUGCUGUUUUGUGUGAUGGAAGCUUCAAAAUGUGAAAUCAUCCUGUGAUAGUUGCAGUAAUGAUCUAUAGGAUGAAUGGACCACUUUUAAUGCUUGCAUUUUCUUGUGCCUUAAUAUUUUGUUUAGGUUGUUCGAGGUUCUCAUGAGAGUUCUUCCAGCAAAACCUUAGUGCUCCCACCUUCAAUCUUGUAUAUAGAAUUCAUCAAUUGGAUUGAGAGAGCUUUCAGCUUGUUAAUAUGCAUAUUAAAUUACUUGACUUGACUUGGGGGGGAGGUCUUAACUGCACUUAAGUGUGAGGACUAAUACCAUUUCCAUUUCAUAAUAUUUUGGGGUGUGGGUGGAUCAUAAACUGCAGAACAUGGGUGGAUCAUAAACUGCAGAACAUCAUCAAGAUUAAACAGUGAUUUAUUGGAGAAUAAAACACGAGAUGCUAAAUACUGCAGCACUGGGAUUAAAAUUUGGACAUUCACUCAUCAAUUACUGAACAUCACUGAAUGUGAUGUUUCUAUCAUGCAAUACUGCAUUUUUACACAGUGCUGAACUAAUACAAGCAAAACAUGCACUGAAAUUAUCAAAGUUAUCCAUUUUAUGUUUCUUUUCUUCCAACAGCAUUUCAUUUUCCACAUAUCCCUGUUGGUGUAUCUGCUUUCUUUUUAAAUGUUUUGAUCACCAUAUAUUUUAUGCAUAAACAGUACUGCUAUUCUCAGUGUUUAAUCGUUUAGCACCAAUUGGAAGAAUUAUACAUAACUUUCGUGAUACUAACAUGAUGAUUUGUGAAGACACUGAACUUUGAGCAAAAAAUGCUGAACUAUGUGAUGAGUAAUUGAGAAAUGGGGGUAAAGUGUGACUCAAACUUGAGAACAAUUACUGUAUACUCAUCAAAUUGACAUUACCAAAGUAACAUCAUUUCCUCUUUUUUUGAGGUAAUAUUUGUAAGAGGAUGAUCUUGUGUUAUUACACAGCUAUCCUUUGGCUACAUACAUGUGAGCUAUUUGUAAAUUUACUACUGCUUGUAAUAAAGUUUAUCAGAGGCUGUUUGAUGACUGUUAGAUUUGUAUACGUCAUAGCUACAAAAUAUUAUGUAAGUAAGAGUGUUUAAUAGGCUUUGAGAGAUGUAAAUUAGUGCACAGUGGUGACAGUUCACACAAUACAUAUUAUCUAAUAAAUCUAAAACUUGAUGCUGUUAAAAUACUGAUAAUUUACAGAUAUGAUAAACCUAGAAUUAUUACUUGUGUGGAAUAUGUGCUUCGUGAACUAACUCAAGCCAGAGCUAGUUCGUACAACUGAACUGUCUCCGCAUUCUGUGUUUGUAUAUGUGAUACUUGUGGAUCAACUUUUAUAAAAUUUCUGCUGUUUUAAUUUGGUAGUUUUAUAUAAGAAAACCAUAUGCUACUUACAUUUUAUUGUGAUUUUGAGUACAAUGUGUGGCUGAUGAAAUAGUAUAUUUUGUGUGAAUUUUUUUGCUGUAUUUAUGUUGUGUUUUCAAAGCACAAUUGAUAUUGCAGUUGUUUGUAUGUACAUUGGAAUUGUAUCAUGUCUUGUUACAGAAUGUCACUAUCUUGUAAGGUAAAAAUAAAGAGUUGCUACUAU